UCCUUCCGGCGAAGAGAGGCCGAAGCGAGGCCUUCCUUGGCAACCUUCCGCUCCUGCCGUCUGGGCUGAAUGGGGCUGCGAGCGCCUCCAUCUCCUGCUGCUUCAAAACGGCCCAGUGGAGCCUUGGCCGUCUGUUAGGCGCUAAAAGGCCAGCCUCCCUCUCUCUCUCUCUCUCUCUCUCUACCCCGAGAAGCCGCUUUGGCUCUUUCGGUGGGACGAGGUGGUCUAAAGGUGCUGCGGGGAAAGCGGCUCCGUGGCUCCAGAAGCGAAGGGAAGCUGGGCGCUGGGGAACGGAUGCCGUCCAUUUCGAACCGGACUCCCAACUCCGUUUGGGUGCGAUGUGGCAAAAGAUGACGGAGCGGAGAAUGCGUUUGCGCUAAGGAAAAGAGAAAGGCUUCCGGGCCACCGGAUCUUCAUCCCUAAGCCAGAUUCUUGGCUCGAAUUCUCUGGACUGGUGGGACGGCGGUUCCGAAGGGGAAACAUGAACAGAUACCUGCCGGUAGCAAGACAGCAUUUCCUGGCUGUGUUAGCCAGCACCAGUGUAGUCGUGAAAUCUAUAUGUGCCAUUGUCAUUUUGCUCUACCUUCUCUCUUUUGCUGUAGACACGGUCUUUGGACUUGGUGUGACCCCCGGAUAUCUCUUCCCACCCAACUUUUGGAUAUGGACGCUGGCAACCCACAGCCUGGUGGAAAAGCAUAUUUGGGAUGUGGGCGUAAGCCUGACCACUAUAGUGGUGGCAGGGAGGUUGCUGGAGCCGCUCUGGGGCGCCCUGGAACUUUUGAUCUUUUUUGCAGUGGUGAAUAUUUCAGUUGGGCUUCUGGGGGCCUUUGCUUAUCUUCUUACUUACAUGGCGACCUUCAGUCUGCCUUACUUGUUUUCUGUUCGCAUUUAUGGAAUGCUGGGUUUCCUUGGCGGUGUCUUGGUGGCCCUCAAGCAAACCAUGGGUGACAGUACUGUCUUAAAGAUACCUCAGGUGCGAAUGAAAGUUGUUCCCAUGCUCUUGCUUCUCAUUCUUUCAGUUUUGAGACUGACCACUCUUAUUGAAAGCAACAUUUUGGCUUCGUAUGGUUUUGGGGUUCUUUCCAGUUGGGUAUACCUGCGUUUUUACCAGAGGCAUAGCCGAGGGCGUGGCGAUAUGUCAGACCAUUUUGCAUUUGCCACAUUCUUCCCUGAGAUCCUACAACCUGUGGUUGGUUUGCUGGCCAAUCUUGUGCACACCAUCUUAGUCAAAGUGAAAGUCUGCCGGAAAACAGUGAAACGUUAUGAUGUUGGAGCCCCUUCUUCUAUUACUAUCAGCUUGCCGGGAACAGAUCCUCAGGAUGCUGAACGAAGGAGACAACUGGCUCUAAAGGCACUGAAUGAACGAUUGAAGCGUGUGGAAGAUCAGUCAGCCUGGCCCAGUAUGGAGGAUGAAGAUGAAGAAAAUACCAAGGCCGAUACUCCCUUGCUACCUGAAAAAAGCCGGGACUCUGCCAGUGUUGGAAAAGCUUCCAGCCAAGAAUCCAGCCUCAUUACCUUUGAAGAUGCCCCUUCUCAAUUGUGACCAUGAAGCAUUUACAUCUGCCUGCCUGCUCCUGCAUAUCAGAGCUGCUAAUGAUCCUUUACCUGCCCUCCCUUGUAGCGUUCCCUGUUUUGCAGGAACAAAACACUAUGCCUCCUGGCUACUUCCUCCAGCAUUUGUGAGCCACCUGUGGUUUUGCCAGGUCUUAGAACUCUUUUGGUGAAAACUGAAUUGUCGAACUGACCUGAGAAGUUGUUUCAUCUCUUCAAAAAGGUUUUGAAAUUAAGAACUUCUCAGAACUGGCAGGGGAGGAAGGAGGAUGCAGCUCAAUAAGGAGCAUCUCCUUAAAAAGACCUAUAAAAUUUGCCCCAGCCUACAGCUGCCAUUGUGGCUAUUAACACAAUGCUUGUGUUUAGUUCCUUUAAUGGCAAUUCUGGUUAAUCUGAAUGGAGUCUUGUAUUCUCCAAUCUGACGAAUCUGCUCUUCUUUGAGUUCUAAAUGCUAAAUUAUCACAUAAACCCGACGAAAAUAUCACAGAACAACCCCUUCGAAUGUACAGCAUUCUCCUCAAUUGCAGUUUUACUUGGUGGCAGUGAUUGUUGUCAAUGAUUAUUUGUCGUCUUUUUUUUCUUUCAGAAUUAGUUAUUGAUUGAAAUAAGCAAUUUAAUAUUGAUUAAAUAAGCAAAAAAAAUCUUUGUUACUCACUUUUAUUUUCCAAUAUCCAUGGGUUUCAUAAUUUUAAACCCUGCCAAAUAAAACUGUUAAGUUCCCUCUUGUAGAGGCAGCAGUUAAACCCUUUUAAUAAUAGUAAUGCCAUUGCUGAUUUUUUUAAGUGAAAGGAUGCAGGCUGCAGCUUGCUUCUAGAUUGCCAGUUAAUACUGGAUAGGAAAGCAUUGUCUGAGACUUUCCAUAGGACUCCAAAAGGAAAUUUGAUUUGUUUUUCUUCACUUCCAUUUACAAUUGUUCAAAGUAUAAAGCAGCUUUUGUCUUUAAUGGGCAACCAGUGUAUUCAAGACACCACAGGUAAAUUUUUGCCACAGUAGGUUGCAUACUACUACUACUACUAUUUUAUUUUUAUUUUUAUUUUUUUUGUGUGCAGGAGACUGACAAUUCCUUUGAUGCCUAAUUUUUCUGUUUGGUGAGAUCAUUAACCUCCUUUCCUUUGGGCUGAGAUAUUUUUUUAUGUGGGGCAACAAGUUCUGAGAUUUCUUGCCUUGAUAGCCAACUAAAGGUGAAGAACUGGGUUAGGUAGCACUUAAAAGAAUGGAAAGAGAAUGUGUGAAAAUGUUAAGAUAUUUUUUAAAGGACCAUGAUUUUUUUUUUGUCAACCAAGAAGUAAAACACAGAUUUCAGUAUCAAUAAACAGUUCUUUCAAAGAGUGCCUCUUGAUUGGCUUUCUAAACCUCCCAUCAUUCAUCAUUUGACCAUGUUAGCUCCUAGUUGCAAAAGAGCUCACAAAAUCAUUUUCAUUGCAAUCAGUAUUGUUAACAUGAGGGGAUGUUAAAAUGCAGUAACAAAUGUUGUCUGUGAAGUCUUUAACAUGCAAACUCCUGAAUGUUAAGAGUCUUGUUUCUUUUGUAGAAUUAAGCCCUGUCUGAUCAAGAUGAUGUACAUCCUUGUUCACUUCCUCAUCCCAUUUCACUACAGAAAUCCUCCAUAAUAAAUACUGUCCAUUUUGAACUUGAAA